UGAGGAAAGUUCAACAACAAAACACAACACACAAGAGAGACCCACGAAAACAAAAAGACGCUCUUUCUCUCUCUGUUUUUUUCUCUCUUUCUUUUACUUAUUUGUCUGAAAAAAGCUUCAUACCACCUUCACCGUCUCCUUGUUCCACUUCUCUCACGCUCUCUCCCGUUACCCACUUCGAUUUUAACUUCCAUUUAUUUUUCUAAUUUCCCUAUCGAUAUGUGUUGAAGGCAAAUUUGCUUAUAGGACUUAAAGAUAUCAUCUUGAUCCAAUUCUAAUCCAUGGAGCAGCUUGUCAACUUCAUCAUCCGGCCACCAAGAGCUGAAUAUGAUCCUAAGAGCGACUUAUUGGAUCAAGAGUUCAUGCUAAGAGGGAAAUGGUAUCAACGGAAGGAUGUAGAGAUAAAAAAUAGUCGAGGUGAUGUUCUUAAAUGCAGUCAUUAUGUGCCUAUAAUCAGUCCAGAAGGAAAGCCUCUGCCAUGUGUAAUAUAUUGCCAUGGAAACAGUGGAUGUAGGGCUGAUGCAAGUGAAGCUGCUAUAAUUUUACUUCCUUCAAAUAUUACAGUUUUUGCUCUGGAUUUCUCAGGGUCUGGACUUUCUGGAGGGGAGCAUGUCACUCUGGGGUGGAAUGAAAAGGAUGAUCUGAAGGCUGUGGUCAACUAUCUGCGAGAGGAUGGAAAUGUGUCUUUGAUUGGCUUGUGGGGUCGCUCAAUGGGAGCAGUAACUAGCCUUAUGUAUGGAGCUGAGGAUCCGUCAAUUGCAGGGAUGGUUUUAGAUAGUCCAUUCUCUGAUUUGGUUGAUUUGAUGAUGGAACUUGUAGAUACAUAUAAAGUUCGUCUUCCAAAGUUCACUGUAAAGUUUGCAAUCCAGUACAUGCGAAGAGCAAUUCAAAAGAAGGCAAAAUUUGACAUAACGGACCUAAAUACCAUUAAGGUGGCAAAAUCUUGUUUUGUUCCUGCUUUAUUGGGGCAUGCCAUUGACGAUGACUUUAUACACCCCCAUCACUCAGAUAGAAUAUUUGAGGCUUACAUGGGAGACAAAAACAUAAUUAAAUUUGAGGGAGAUCACAAUUCACCACGUCCUCAGUUUUACUUUGAUUCCAUAAACAUCUUUUUUCACAAUGUUUUGCAACCUCCAGAGGAUGAGGUUGGGGAAUCAUUUUAUGACAAUGUAAAUGAUUACUUCGGUAAGGAUGUUUGGAGAUCUCUUCAUGAAGUAGGCUACAGCAAUGAAUCAUCUUCUAUGAACAAAGAACCAUCUUCAAGCAGUACGAUAGAUGCCAUUAGGCAAGUCCGUUCAAGACGACCGAUGAGUAGGAUGGAGGUUCCCUCUGAUAUUAUUUCAAAAGAUGAACAUUGUGAUCAUGAGGAAGAGAAGGGUGGUGAUCUCUCCCCAUCAUCCUCAUCGAUGAUAAGCUUUGAACUAUCUAAUGGUAAUUCCUAUGGUCCCCAAGUUCCGGCCGCAUUGGACGAUGAUCAGUUUGUGGAAUAUCCACUUGAAGACCUUGCAGGCUUUCCAUCUAGUGCAGAGGAGGAAGAAAGAAUGUUCAUGGAAGCUGUGAUCCAGUCACUGAAGGACAUGGAAGUGAAAAAGCCAGAGACAGAACAAGCACCAGCAGCCAAUAAUGUUGGCACCGCAUCUUCAGAGCCAUCAGAUAAAGACGACUCGCAUCUUUCUUUGCAGGAGGUUUCUAGAUCAAAGGAGACAGAACCCUCUCUAGACAAACCCAGCACAGAUUCGAAAUCUAAAAUGGUCUUCACCUCAUCUGAAGAUUGUCUAUCAAUGAAAGCCGAGUCAAAUCCCAGUUCAGCGAACCAUUCUCAAAGUUUGGCGUCUGUAGGAUCAGGUAUUUCACUAGAGGUAGCACCAACGCCGCCACAACCAGCACCGGACAUUCCAUCAGUCAGUGAGUCCAGCAAUGCAAAUGCCAGUGGUUCCUCUCAAAGUGAUAGUUCUACAAGUGUACAAAGUUCAUCAGACACUGAUGUAUCACAUAACACCAAAGCCACAGUAACUGUUGUUAAGAAUCCAGCGGCCGGCCAUGUGAUGGACGGCCUAAUGCGUCGAUGGGAUCUUUUCCGAAAUAGUAACAACCGAUAAGAUGUUACCUUCCCUACAUAUGGUUGGUUAUACAUUGUUUUGUAACUAAGAAAUCAUAGUUUGUAACAUGUUUGACCAAAAAGAAAUAGGUUGCCCGUGUGUAAAGUUAGCAUGUUUAGAAUUCUCAUUUAUCAAAUCACCUAAUAUUCUUUGUCGGUGGAAAUUUUCAUAUUUUGUUCUGUUUC